GCGCGGAGCUUUGGCCUAGUCGAUUCCACCUAACCGCACCUACUCCGACCGCCUUGGGGGUAAAUUCUGACGUUUUUGAAUCGGCGCUUCUCGACACUCUACAUCCGGAGACCGACCCGUGCAAGGCGAAGAAUCUCUAGCCUGCGUUUUUCCCUGUCGGCCGCUUCUUCAAAUAUUAAUUUACCGAAAAGACAAAGGUGACCGGGCUUAAACACAAACGGAAAUGUCCGAGAACGACUUGCAGGAGCGACUCCGCGAGUCUGCAAAGGCUUUCGAUGGCCUUUUGUCCCUGAUCCCAGCUCAGAUCUACUACGGUGACCAACAACAAAACGACCAAUGGAAGCGGAAAAAGCAUACCAAGGCUGAGAAGAAGGCCGCAAAGCUUGGCAAGCUCGACCCCGACAGCGAAAAGAACCGCACCGUCCAGGAGGUACUUGAAGAGAGGGCACGCAGCAAGCGCAAGCUGGAGGAUGUUGAUAGCGCGGCUGAAGAUGAAGCGGAGCAGGAUGGAGAUGAUAUAAGUCUGAACCUCGAGGGCAUCGAGAUGGAACAGCCCCUCAAGAGGCAGAAGACUGUCGAGAGCGAGAGCGAGGAGGGGGAUGAAGAGGAAGCCCCCGCGGCUGAGGAUGCGGAAGUCGUGGCUGAUGAUGAUGGUUCCAAGACUCUUUCUGCCAAAGAUCAGAAGAAGCUCCUCAAGAAGCAAAAAAAGCUGGAGAAGCUGGAGAAGAAGGCAGCCAAGACCAAAAAGUCCAAAGAUGCUACCGACGAAGAUGCAGAGCCGAUACCAACACCCAAGAAGGCCUCCGAAGCUGCUGAGGCUGAAACGCCGCGCCCGACCACUGAGGAAGAUGACCGCAAACCGGCGCCGGACAGUGAGCUGGCUCCUAUCGAACUUGCUGGACUGGAAACAAACGACGGCGAGGGGCAGUCCGAAGCAUCAUCAGGGGAAUCCAAAUCAACUUCUCCAGUAUUUGAUACAGACUUACAAGCAAACAACGGUUCCGUGGAGCCCGCCAGCGCGGCAACUUCCAUCGCUUCAGCUGCACCAUCAGAAAAGGCCAAGCCCGCAAAACUACCGUCCAGCACAUCCGACGCUUUUAAGGCCCGUCUUGCCGCCCGGAUCGAGGAGCUCCGUAAGGCGCGCAAGGCUGACGGUGCCGAAGGAAAGCCUGCAAUGACGCGUCAGGAGCUGAUUGAAUCUCGGCGUCAGAAGCAGGCCCAGCGCAAAGCCCACAAGCAGGAAGUGCGCAGGUUGGCAAAGGAGGAAGCUGACCGCAAGCGCGAGGAGGCCCUAGCCAGCGCACGUACUUCGCCGGGAAGCUUCAUGAGCCCUCUGCGCCUGGGUGGAUCUGACGCUGGCUCAGACUCGGGUACCAACAACUUUGCUUUUGGCCGCAUUGCCUUUGCUGAUGGUCAGCAGAUGGCACACGACCUCAGCUACGUCAAAGACGAGAAGAAGAAGAAGGGCCCGUCGGACCCCAAGACGGCUUUGGCCAAGCUCGAGGCGCAGAAGAAGCGCAUGGCAGGGCUGGACGAGGACAAGCGCAAGGAGGUUCUCGAGAAGGAGACUUGGCUUGCUGCCAGACGUCGGGCAGAGGGCGAAAAGAUCCGCGACGACGAGACGCUGCUGCGCAAGGCGGUCAAGCGUAAGGAGCAGGCAAAGAAGAAGAGCGAGCGCGAGUGGGGCGAGCGCAAGGCCGGCGUCGAGAAGGCCAUCCGGGAGCGGCAGAAGAAGCGCGAGGACAACCUGCGCAAGCGCCGUGACGAAAAGGCUGCUGGAAAGAUGGGCAAGAAGAAGGGCGGACCGACCAGGCCCGGUGGCGGCGGCAAGAAAAACCGCCCCGGCUUCGAGGGAGCUGGUUUCGGCGGCAGCAAGAGGAAGUGAAGGACCAAAAUUAAAAAAUUUCUUAUUCUACAUCAUGUCAUUGUUCAAGAUAAUUCUUUUGUCAGGCGCAGGCGGAGUUUGUUGGCGUUUGGCGUCUAUGGGGGCGCCGUGGAUUCGCUCUCUUUCUAACUCUCUCAUGUUCACGCAAGUCUCUCUUGCCCCCGCAUUGGAUCGUCAUCGAAAUAGCAUUUGCAGUGGUUUCAAGGUGAAGGUUGGGAAAAAGAAAAUAAUCUCUUUUAUA